AUGGGAGGAGAUGGUGGAUCGAUCCCCACAAGAUGUGAACUUGUCAAGUUGAAGAAGGCUGCAGAGGUAAAGAAUAAAGACCAGCAUAUGGUUGGAAAGUGGCAACAUUGCGCACUGAGUGGUCAAACGUUAGCUAAACCAAUCAUGUCUUGCAGACUUGGGAGGCUUUACAAUAAGGAAGCAGUCAUCGAAACCUUACUGGACAAGAGCAUAAAAUCUCACAUCAAAAAAUUAAGUGAUGUUGUUGAACUUAAGCUGACUGACAACGCAGUGUAUAACAGUGAAAUAAAGGCUGACUUGUACAUUGACCACUAUUCAGCUCCUUUCGUGUGUCCUGUCAUUGGGCUGGAAAUGAGUGGUAGAUACAGGUUUAUAUACAACUGGUCAUGUGGCUGUGCGAUAUCAGAAAGGGCUACAAUCGAGAUUCCAUCUGAAACCUGCCACAAGUGUGGUACUCCAAUUGUGAAGGAAGAUCUUAUCAUCAUCAACGGCACCGAAGAGGACAUCGUUAAGUUAACUGAACAAAUGAAAAGAAGAAAAGAAGAAUCGAAAAAGGGAAAGAAAUCGAAAAAUCAUGUUGUUUCUGAGGCAACAUCCAAAGACAAAUUAUCUGUAAAUAAUGAUGAGCCUGCUGCUGAUGAUAAGCCAUCAAAAAACAAGAGACACAAUAUUCAAGAUGGUAAUGAUAAACAGCACAAGAAAACUAAAGUCAGUUCUGAUCCAAAGGAGAGUAAAAAUAAGUUUGAAGACACCAACUCAUACAAAAAACUAUUUCACAAAAACUGCGAGAAAAAAGAAAAGGCUCACUGGGUUACUUACAACCCAUACUAUAACUGAGAUAACUGCUAAUAUUAAUCUUAACUUGAUGAUUAAUCGUCAGUGUAAUGUAAACAAGUUCAAGUUAUGCGAAGCAGAGGGAAAAUGCACAUUUUAAACCAGGAAAGGAUUUCCUUAUUUGCUAUUUUGUCUUAUGUAAUUGCAUAAAAUUUUUAUCUGAUUUUUUUCUUGACAGAUUAUCAGUUUACUUGGACUCAAAAUGGAACAUUUUAUGUAAUUGCUGUUUGAUUGCUAGUGAAGUAAUUCCACGAUGUUAUAUAA